AGGAAGAGCCCUCCGGCCGGGGGUCCCUUGGAGGAGCAGGAGAAGCGCUGCAGACCUCCAGGACCAUGGCUCCCUCUUGCCACAGCUGGCUCGCCAACGAGGGCUGCAAGCAUCUCCUCCUGCUGCUUUGGCUGUCUCUCAACGUGGGGCUGUUUUGGAAAACUUUUCGGUUGUAUUAUCGUGAGCCGCAGUAUUACUAUUUGCAUCAGAUGCUUGGGCUAGGAUUGUGCCUCAGCAGAGCUUCUGCAUCUGUCCUUAACCUCAACUGCAGCCUGGUCCUGCUGCCUGUGUGCCGGAUUCUUCUCGCUUUCCUUCGGGGGUCUCAAAAAGUGCCCAGCCGAAAAACCAGGAGGCUGCUGGAUAAAAGCAAAACUUUUCACGUUACAUGCGGUGUGAUGAUCUGUAUCUUCUCAGUGAUUCAUGUUGGUGCUCACUUAGUGAAUGUGCUGAAUUUCUCUGUGAACUACAGUGAACGGUUUCUCGCACUCAAUGUAGCCAAUUACCAUGGUGAGGAUCCCAGGAAACUCCUUUUCACUACAAUUCCUGGAUUAACUGGAGUCCUUAUGGUGCUAGUAUUAUUCCUGAUGUCUACAGCUUCUACAUAUGCCAUUAGGGUUUCAAAUUAUGACAUCUUCUGGUAUACCCACAACCUCUUCUUUGUCUUCUACUUGUUGCUGAUGUUGCAUGUUUCUGGGGGAGUUCUAAAAUACCAAACUAAUGUAAAGGAGCAUCCCCCAGGAUGCUUUAACCCUAACACGACAAAUCAAGAAGGAAGUCAGUUUGCUGAUGAUUUUGAGAAGUCACUCCCUGAAAAUGCUGCACAACCUUUCCCACACCAUCUGGUGGAAUUGGAACCUCUUCUCAAAAGCAGCUUUGUUUGUAUAGAGGAACCUAAAUUUCAAGCCCAUUUCCCUGAGACUUGGCUUUGGAUCUCUGGCCCAUUGUGUUUAUAUUGUGCAGAAAGACUCUACCGUUACAUUUGUAGUAGCAAUAAACCUGUCACAAUAACUGCAGCAAUCAGCCAUCCCUGUGAUGUCCUUGAGGUACGGAUGAUGAAAGAGGACUUCAAAGCCAGACCUGGACAGUAUGUCAUUCUGCACUGUCCCAGUGUGUCAUCAUUGGAAAGUCAUCCCUUUACUCUAACACUGUGUCCGACAGCUACCAAAACAACCUUUGGAGUUCAUGUUAAAAUCGUAGGAGACUGGACCGAGAGGUUUCGUCUGCUGUUUCUAUUCCCGCCGGGAGCCGAGAUCCUUCCAGUCUUCCAACAGAGGCAUUACCCAAAGCUGUAUGUUGAUGGUCCUUUUGGCAGUCCCUUUGAAGAAUCCUUCAAUUACGAGGUUAGCCUCUGUGUGGCUGGAGGCAUUGGAGUGACUCCAUUUGCAUCGAUCCUCAACACCCUGCUGGAUGAAUGGAAAUGCUACAAAAUCAGGAGACUUUACUUCAUAUGGGUGUGCAGAGACAUCCAGUCUUUUCACUGGUUUGCUGAUCUGCUCUGCAAAUUGCAUCAGAAGCUCUGGCAAGAAAACCGACCAGAUUUUGUAAAUAUCCAGCUAUACCUCAGUCGAACAGAUGGGAUACAGAAGAUAAUUGGAGAGAAAUACCAAGUGCUGAACCGCCGGCUUUUCAUUGGGCGGCCUCGAUGGAAACUUCUAUUUAAUGAAAUCGCCAAGUGCAACAGACAGAAGACCGUUGGCGUUUUUUGCUGUGGACCUAGUGGAAUCUCAAAAGCCCUUCACAAACUGAGCAACAGCAGCAACCCUUAUGGGACAAGGUUUGAAUACAAUAAAGAAUCCUUCAGCUGAAAGCCUCCAGGCCUUUGCGGGCACUGUUUGGAAGACCUGAGUGCAAUUGUUGAAAGAAAGAAAGAAAGAAAGAAAGAAAGACUUCAGUAUUAGCUUGACUGCUCAUACCAAAGACUAGCAUAUUUUCUUACGUAAUUUAUAAUUAUUUAAAACUCUAGGAAGGAAAGAAAUAACAUGAAAUACACUCUAGUUGGAUAUGCAAAAAAGCCCAAAUAUCUUAGGAGCUGGCAGCUUGUCUAUGUGAAGCUUGAAUUAGCAGAAGGCAAUUAGAGGAAGACGUGCAUAGUUGCUUAUAUGGCUGGUUUUAAGAUCAGUCCAUCGAAAUAUUCAGCUUUCUCCACUUAAAAGGCUUCGGAUCACAGAAAAUGGCCUUGGUUGAAUGAAUACUAGAUUGAUCAAGCUGGGGGAAAAUACAUUGAAAGUCAAAUUCUGCCCUAUCCUGGCAAAUAAAUAAAGCUGCUUUGAAAUAUA